GACUCGGAUGCUGGGGCAGAUUGAGAUCUUUUCGGAUGUGGAAUCGCGUCAGUGGUCGGUGUCUUUGAAAAUUAACCACAUCGAUUCGGACGAGUUUGAAAAUAAUCCAAUAUGUUUACCAGUGAGGUGUGUUCCCUCCGUGAAUCGAUCAUCUCGCUGAUCAAUAACAGAUUCGGGGAUUAAUUUUAUGGACAGUGCGGAAUGUAUGCGUGGCUUUGAGAUAAUGAAUGAGAAUCAUUGCGUGACCCACAGUGACGAAAAAUUGAAGUGAAAAGGCUUCAGCUACUGAAAUUCAUUAAAUUAAUGGCCCCCUUAAUCGUGGACAAGGGUAACGCUUAUUAUGACAGAGGAAUAUCUUACGCUGCACGGUACAAAUCAUACGACGCGAUCUUCUCCGUCGAGCGCGCUUCGUUUCUGAAAAUCGGCUCUUCUGUGUAGACGAUGGACAGGGAAGCACUGCUGCCUAUCGCUGCUUGUUGUAAUCUGAAUCUACAACCCAGACGCAGGGAGAGAGAGAACGGGAUGGCAAACGGUGGUCAUGGAGGAUUGGUCCACGGCGUCGGUCCAGGUUCGGGAACAUUAUCGCGUGAAGAACGUCGUAGGAGACGACGAGCCACUCAGAAAUAUCGCACCGCACACGCCACCAGAGAGCGCGUGCGAGUCGAAGCUUUCAAUCUGGCAUUCGCUGAACUCAGAAAAUUACUGCCAACGUUACCACCCGACAAAAAAUUGUCAAAGAUCGAAAUCUUACGACUAGCGAUUUGCUACAUCGCUUACUUGAACCACGUCCUCGAAGCAUAAUCAAUGUGAACCAAUUCCCACGAAUCGCUCAUCAAGCUGAUUGCGAGAUUUCUCAUAUACUCCUCGAAUCGUCAAUGCAUCAACUAUUGCAUUUUGUUUCAGUAAUCAUCGCGAGUCUUUCCUUCUACCGUUUUCCAGUAUUCUGACUUCCGUGACUCAUCGUUUGCAUUCAUGUGUGUUUGUUGCAAAAAAUAUACAUAUGUAUAGCAUAAAAUCGUCUAGGUGUAGGCAUGUAGAGGGCUGGAUAAACAAAUCCUCCUUUGUCGCCAGAUAGAAAUUUAAGUAGAAAUAUCAUCGGAACAUUCCUAAGAAAUCAAUUUUUAAGCAAAUGCUUACAUUUUAUUUUUGUCAAUUUUUUCUAUCCAAGUUAAUCAAAUAUCGAUAAAGUAUGGGUUACAUCCUUUCGGUUGUUAGUCCUGGUUGUAUUUAUGCGAUGUCGGUCGUUUCCAUGGGGUAAACUGAUAAUAUCGUCGGACUAUACGAGGGAGUCCAAUAUUUUUUCUGUACAUACGACAUAUACCUACACCAUGUGGUAAAUAAUAUUAUUUUCUUUGCUAAAAUUAGUGCGUUUAUGUUAUCACCUACGUCUUGUAAAUAUUGUACCUAUUCAAUGUUCAAUCAUGCGUGUACCUAACUAGUGGCUAUAAAUAAACGUGUAAAAUUACGCCACGAAAAAGAAACCGUUACUUUUACGUCGUGAUUAUCACUGAGAUAUCGAUCCGAUUAUUCGCGUCAUAACCCUGCCGAUUGUUUGUGUUAGUUUUACGUAGCGACAGAAUGAAAUAAGUGAAAGAGAGGUCCAGGGAUUCGAAUAUCAGGCCUCGCAUAUGUCCGAUAAUCUCGCGGAUCAUUUUGAGGAAUGCACCGUACAAUUGGGGCGUUUGUAGGGUGGAAUUUUUUGGGGUAAAGUGCACCAUAGCCUGCCCAGGGUGCGAUACACGAUGCCAUCUAUAUAUACCCACUUUUUCCCCAGAGAUCGUUCGCCUCGUACUAAAACUAAGUGAAAAAGAAUGAGAUUACUGGAAGGCAACUUCACGGCUGAACACCCUCUCGCGUGCAAUCGAUUCUUAUUAUUCGCCCCUUCUUUGCCCCGAUCACCUACGUUUGAAAAAAUUGAGCAUACCCAUAUCGAAAUUGCAACACGGAAACGAUUUCGAACGGAGCACCACUCUGAGGUAACUUGAAAAAAUCCUGGUUUGACUUGAAAAACGAUUUUACGACGAAGGUGGAACAUUUUUGUUCCCAUUGUUUCCUCGACUGCACCCUACCGGUCUCCUCGGAUGCACCGACGAUAAAUCCACGCUAAAUAAUCACAUCGAGCUCAGCGGAUAAUCCCGAUGUCAAAAUAACUUAAUCCCUGUAAUAUACAUAUAUCAUUCGACCCUCCUUACGUUAUACCGAUCCUCACCCGCUUCUUCCCCCUCUGCUUCCCCUCCUCCGAUAUUUGGAUUUCGUGAGCGUUGGUUACAUGUGUCGUGUUUUACCAACAACCCCUUGUACGAUGUCAGCGCCGCGGCGCUGCGACGCCCUUCCUCGCACCCCUUGAAAAUACAUGCAAAUUUUCUACCGUAGAAAAUUACUUUUAAAGAUCCACCGUGUACUUGACCGGUAGCUUUUUUUCAUUUCCUCGAGGA